UCUAUAGUAAAAAGUUAUUUCUCAUCAUUUCAAAUGUACAUUUAAAAAAAACUUUCAUUAGAGUACAGUUGAUUAACAAUGCUGCAUAACUUUCUUCUGUAUAGCAAAGUGAAUCAGUUGUAUGUAUACUUAUAUCCACUCCUUUUUUAGAUUCUUUUCCCAUAUAGGUCAUUACAGAGUAUUGAGUAGAGUUCAGAUAUAUACUACUUAAUUCAUAGGUUGAGUAUCUUUUUAUAUAUUAUCUAUUUGUAGAUUGCUUAAACCUUUCUCUUUGGGGAUACAUUUUUUUUUUGUUAUGUAAGCAGUGUUAUUACUUGAUUAAGGAUAUUAUUCCUAUAUCUGUCAUGUGUGUGAUGUAUAUUUUUUUCAUUUGUCAUCAGUCCUAACUUAGAUUCCAGUGUUAGUUACUUAAUUUGAUUUCCAUGUUGUCAAUUUCAUCAUGAUAUCUGGCCUUGGUGUCUGACUUCAAAAGGCCUUCCCCAGCACAAGAUGACAAAAAUAUUCUGCUCUUUUUUUCUUUUGAUAUUUUUCAGGGAGUAGUGUUUUGUUUACUGGGCUUUUUUAAAAAGUGGUACACAAUAAUAGGAAUUUGCUUAAUGCUACUCAACUGUACACUUAAAUGGCAAAAAUUACAUGAGGAAUGGUUGCUGCGGGAGCAGAAGGCACAAGAAGAAUUCAGAAUAAAGAAGGAAAAGGAAGAGGCAGCUAGAAAACGGCAGGAAGAACAAGAGAGAAAGUUAAAGGAAGAAUGGGAAGAACAGCAGAGAAAAGAGAGAGAAGAGGAGCAGCAGAAGCUACAGGAGAAGAAAGAAAGAGAGGAAGCUGUGCAGAAGAUGCUGGAGCAGGCUGAAAAUGAGUUGGAAAAUGGUGCCACAUGGCAAAACCCAGAACCACCCACGGAAUUAAGAGUAAUGGAGAAAGAUCGAGCUAAUUGUCCAUUCUACAGUAAAACGGGAGCGUGCAGAUUUGGAGAUAGGUGUUCACGUAAACACAAUUUCCCGACAUCGAGUCCCACCCUUCUUAUUAAAAGCAUGUUUACAACGUUUGGGAUGGAGCAGUGCAGAAGGGACGACUACGACCCCGACGCAAGCCUGGAGUACAGCGAAGAGGAAACCUACCAGCAGUUCUUGGACUUUUAUGAUGACGUGCUCCCUGAGUUCAGGAAUGUGGGGAAAGUGAUCCAGUUUAAGGUCAGCUGCAACUUGGAACCUCAUCUGAGGGGCAAUGUGUAUGUUCAGUAUCAGUCGGAAGAAGAAUGCCAAGCAGCCCUUUCUCUGUUUAAUGGACGGUGGUACGCUGGACGACAGCUUCAGUGUGAAUUCUGCCCAGUGACCCGAUGGAAAAUGGCAAUUUGUGGUUUAUUUGAAAUACAGCAGUGUCCCAGAGGGAAACACUGCAACUUCCUUCACGUGUUCAGAAAUCCCAACAAUGAGUUUUGGGAAGCGAAUCGAGACAUCUACCUAUCUCCAGAUCGGACUGGCUCCUCCUUUGGGAAGAGCUCAGAGAGGAGGGCGAGGCCGGGCCCCCACGAUGACUACUACAGCAGGCCGAGGAGGAGGAGGAGCCCUGGGCCGGCCCACUCCUACAAGAGGAACGGGGAGGCCGACCGGAAGAGGAGGAGUAGUCAUGGGGCCAAGAAAUCUCACAAACACAGGUCCAGAAGCCGGGGAAGGCACAAUUCCCGAAGCAGAGGAAGAAAAAGGGACCGCAGCCGUGGACGGGGCAGCCGGAGCCACAGCCGCAGGAGCCGCAGCCAGAGCUCCUCCAGGUCCAGGAGCCGUGGCGGGAGAAGGUCAGGGAGCAGAGACCGAACUCUUCAGAGCCCCAAAUCCAAAUAAACUUACUGUGUUUUUCA